CUUUUUUUUUUCUUCCAAAAAGAAAAAAAAAAAAGAAAAAGAGAGAAAAGAAAAUUGAUUCCGUUUGUUUCAUCGUUAGGACAUUUGAUGUAAAUUUGCAAGAAAAAGUAUCUGGUUUGGUUGUUCCUGAUUCCAUAAAUGAUUUUAAUUAAAAGUCCCAAAUCUUCAAAAACCUUACAAUAUAAAAUAUAUCCCAAUCAUUAUGACCACUUUACUUUCGUCUCCCUCCUUCCCCUCGAUCUAACCACCCAUUUCUAAAAAUUCUUUGCAUCCCAAUCCCACGAUAUUAAAUUCCCUUCAGCAGUUGUUUGAUUGAAUUUCAUUUAAUUUCUAAUCCACGUGUUUAUGCAAGUAAAAGAAGCAGAAGAAGAAGAAGAAAGAUCUAAUCUGAGGAAUUUGUGUGGAGAGAUAUGGCUGGCCAACCAAACAUGGAUCAGUUCGAAGCUUACUUUAGGAGAGCAGAUUUAGAUGGAGAUGGCAGAAUCAGCGGAACCGAAGCUGUUAAUUUUUUUCAAGGAGCGAAUUUACCAAAACAAGUCCUUGCUCAGAUAUGGAUGCAUGCUGAUCAGAGUCGCACUGGCUUCCUUGGUCGUCCUGAAUUUUUUAAUGCUCUCAAACUUGUAACUGUUGCUCAGAGUAAAAGAGAAUUGACACCUGAUAUUGUCAAGGCAGCAUUAUAUGGUCCUGCUGCUGCUAAAAUCCCACCACCUAAAAUUAAUCUUCUAGCCACUCCUGUGCAACAGGUAAAUCCAAUGAUGACUCCAUCUGCCCCUCAGAUGGGUGCACCUCCCCCAACACCAGUUCAGAGUCUUGGCUUUAGAGGGCCAGGACUUCCAAAUGCUGGUAUAAACCAGCAGUACUUUCCUUCUCCACAAAGUCAGACCAUGAGACCACCUCAGGCUAUUCCUCCUGGAAUUGCUUCCCGUCCCACUCAGGGCAUUACUAAUCCAGAGUUCUCUAGAGGAAGUAGUAUGAUGGGUCAUUCUCAGGUUGUGCCUACUGGUACUGCUUCCCGUCCACCUCAUUCCAUGCCCGUCCCUACUGCUAGUCCAAGCAUACCAACCUCAAACAUCUCAACUGACUGGCUUGGUGGAAAGUCUAGUUUGGCUAUAUCUGGUCCUCCAUCUACACCUAAUGUUACUUUACAGUCGCAAACUCAAUUUUCUAUGCCAUCCCAGCCAUCUGCUACUGAUUCGAAAGCGUCAGUUGUUUCUGGAAAUGGGUUUGCAACUGGCUCAUCUUUUGGAGCUGAUGUGUUUUCUGCAACCCCUUCUACUAGAAGACAAGAACCUUCUCUGCCUCUUUAUUCUUCUAGUAGUGCACCAGCCUCAGCCACUAUGGUUCCGGCUAUGAGUGGGGGCCUCUCUGUUAAGUCCAACUCACUUGAUUCACUGCAGAGUGCUUAUGCGAUGCAACCUCUAGGUGGUCAGCUUCAGCGAACACAAUCACUGCCAACGUCAGGUCAACAGGUUUCAACUUCAGUUUCUUCCUCAGUUGCAUCUCCUAGCAUUUCAGUUGGAGUUGGAAAUUCAUCUGAUAAUUCACAGCCUCCAUGGCCAAAGAUGAAACCAUCAGAUGUUCAGAAGUAUACUAAAGUGUUUAUGGAAGUAGAUACCGACAGAGAUGGAAGAAUUACUGGUGAGCAGGCGCGUAAUCUAUUUUUGAGCUGGAGGCUACCAAGAGAGGUUUUGAAGCAGGUGUGGGACUUAUCUGAUCAAGACAGUGAUAGCAUGCUUUCUUUGAGGGAAUUCUGCUUCGCACUUUAUUUGAUGGAGCGGUACAGGGAAGGUCUCCGUCUUCCGGCAUCUCUUCCAAGUAGCAUUAUGUUUGAUGAGACACUACUGUCCAUGACAGGUCAACCAAAACUUAUUCAUGGAAAUGCCGCAUGGGGUCCCAAUCCUGGUUUUGGACAGCAGCCUGGAAUGGGUGCUCGGUCAAUGGCCCCUGCCACAGGUUUGAGGCCACCAGUUCAAGUGGCUGCCCAGCCUGAUAGUGUAUUGAUAUCUAAUCAACAGAAGCCAAGAGCACCUGCUUUGGAGGAUUCCUUUCUGAACCAAAGCGACACUGGGGGGCAAAACUCAAUGCAAACAGAUGGAACUGCUUCAGAGAACAAGGUUGGUGAAUCAGAGAAGGUGAUUUUGGAUUCAAAAGAGAAGAUUGAGUUCUACCGGAGUAAAAUGCAGGACCUUGUUCUUUAUAAAAGCAGAUGUGACAAUAGACUGAACGAAAUCACAGAAAGGGCCUUGGCAGAUAAGCGUGAGGCUGAGAUACUGGGUAAAAAGUAUGAAGAGAAAUACAAGCAAGUUGCAGAAGUAGCAUCUAAAUUAACAAUUGAAGAGGCCACUUUCCGUGAUAUUCAGGAGAGGAAGUUCGAGUUGAAUCAAGCAAUAAUUAACAUAGAACAAGGUGGAAGUGCUGAUGGUAUUCUUCAGGUCCGUGCUGAUCGUAUACAGUCUGAUCUUGAUGAGCUACUGAGGGUUUUAAUUGAACGUUGCAAGAAACACGGGUUAGAGUUUAAGUCAACUGCAAUGAUUGAGCUUCCUUUUGGCUGGCAACCUGGAAUUCAAGAGGGUGCAGCUGUUUGGGAUGAAGAAUGGGAUAAGUUUGAAGAUGAAGGAUUCGCCAAUGACCUCACUAUUGAUGUGAAAAAUGUUUCUGCUUCAAAUUCGAAGUCCACUGUCCAAAAAGAAAAAGGGUCGCAAGAUGGUAGUUUAACCCCCGAUUCCUUAUCCAAUGGUGGUGGCAAUGCGAACUUCUUUAGUACCAGUGAACAUGCCCUCGAGAGUGAAUCUGCAUAUGGCCACAGUGAAGAUGAAUUGGCAAGAAGCCCUCAAGGCAGUUCAACUGGAAGAACUGCCUUAGAAAGUCCAUCACAAGCCUUCUCUGAUGUUUUUGCAAAGAGUACUGAUGCUGAUGCAGAAACGCACAGAAGUUUUGAUGAAUCAACAUGGGGUGCUUUUGAUACUCACGAUGAGACAGACUCAGUCUGGGGAUUUAACCCUGCUAGUACUAAGCAGGAAUCAGAUUCUGAUAAGCACAGAGAUAUCUUUGGAACUGAUGAUUUUGGUGUAAAGCCAAUAAGAACAGGAUCCCCACCCUUAGAUAGUUUUUUCCACAAGAAGAGUCCAUUUUUUGAAGAUUCUGUGGCUGGCUCACCUGUCUCCAGGUUUGGCAACUCCCCCAGGUACAGUGAAGCAGGGGACCAUGCUGACAAUUUCUCGAGAUUUGAAUCCUUCAACAUGCAUGAAGGAGGAUUUUCUCCAAGAGAGAGGCUUGCACGUUUUGAUUCCAUAAACAGCUCAAAAGACUUUGGCCAUAGUCGAGCGUUUUCUUCUUUUGAUGAUGCAGAUCCAUUCGGCUCCAGUGGAGUAUUUAAGGUUUCAUCAGUCAAUCAAACUCCAAAAAAAGGUUCUGAAAAUUGGAGCGGUUUCUAGCUGGCAACCCAAUCCUUAAAUGAUUCUUUCUUCUUUCUGCUAAAUUCACCCCCAUUUUGUUUAGGGUUUAUUCAUGGUGGCCAGUUUUUUUGUCUGUGCUGUAUAGAUCGGGUGAAGAGCUGGAUUGUUGUAAAGUUUUUUGGUUUGGUUACGUCACGCAAUUGUUUUCUAUGGCAUGCCAGGUUGAAAAAUAUAGUACUUCGUUUCUUAAGCGACAAAUUCUGGAUUUUCGUUGAGAACUGACAAGGAUGUCAGAACAAUAGAAGUGAGGUUUAUGCUCUGUAUUAUUUUUCCACUUUCAUUCUGGUGUCUAGAGGUUGUGUUACUAUGACAGUGAAGAUUAUUUUAUGGCUCUGUUCAGUCCACAGGAAAUAUCAUCUUUGAAGUCUCGUGGAAUUUUGGGUUUAGAUUUCCGAAGAAAAUUGGCAAUGGAAACUGAUCAUCCUUCUUUAUGUUUUUCAA